ACCGGUAGGGGACGUGUAUUGUUUAUGCAAUACUCUCAGAAUGCUUGUUUGUGAAUGCUAUGCAUAUCUUUAGAUCAAUGUGUAAUCGGCCAAGUCAGAAGACAAUCAAAGUUUUAUAUCCAUUAACCAAUGAAAGUCGGAGAAGACCAUUAUUGGAUGGGAGGUUUUUUUUAAUUUUAAACAGGGAAUAAAACUCAAAAUAAUAUGGAACAAUGUUCUAAUCCAAUUAUAUUCUCGAAGUAUUAAGAUAAAGAAUUGUUUUUAAUUAAUUAAGAUAAUUCUAGUUACUAGUGAUUUAAAGACUCUGCUGGGCACCCCUGCGAAUGUGUCCGGAAUAUUUUCUUUAUCGUUGCUAAGUAUGCAAUGAAUCCAGAGGUGCUCGAAUGAAAGUUCAAGAGAUAUCUCCGAGAUUUGUUCAGUUCCUGUGAAAUUUCGAGCGGAAGUAUAAGUGUUCGGAUAAUAUUAUCAAGACAUCUCACCCAAACUUUAACUUCUCAAGAACUUGUACCUAAUAAAUACAUCUACGACGACGAUUAUUCUAUUCUAGUAUCAGAGUUGGCAAAAAUACUAAAAAGACUUCCGCUUUGAGAAUGAGAAGGGAUUUUAAAAUAACUGGGACUUCCCACUAAACAAGAUUCAAACAGAAAGUAGAAUAAUUAAGAAUAAAUUUACUCUAAAUCAUCGAAUACAAGAUCAAUACAAAGAGAGCCUUUAUGCCAAGGAUAAAAAGACAACAAAAAGAAAGCAAACCAUUCAUCAGAAAUGUCUCAGAAAAAAAAUCAAGAAACAGAGCUCUAUUCUGGCAAGGAUUCUAAAGAAAAAGAUAAGGCUGACAAAGCCUUGAAGACGAUAUGCAGCAAUGGUGAUGUCACGUCUGAACUAUCUGAAGAUCAAACGAGCCGCGUUCUCUGUGCACCCACACCAGAGGCAUUGAAAAAUGCAGAAGAAAAAUAUAACACAAUGGCAAGUGAACGCAGUGAAAUAACGGAAGGAACAGAAAUUAAUGUUCCUGUUCAGUUGGGAAGUACAACCACUGAAAUUGCAGACCAAAGUAAAUUGCCCAAGAAUGAAGAUAAAAAUGAAAAAGUUGAUCAAACUCAAGCCGAAGCAAAGCAUGAUCAAGUAAACGGAUCGGGGACCCUCCGUCAGCAUGAUCAUAAAAUCAAAGAAGGAAACUCGGAGGAACUAAAGAAUAGCAGCGUUGCUAAACACGAGGAUGAAAAAAGACAGAAUUUAGAAGAGGGUGCACAAGCCAAGUCUAUAGUAAAGUCUGACUCAAAAUCAAAGAAAGAAAGUACGAUAGGAAGAAAGAAAUUAAAUCACACAAUGUCUAAUGAUGACACAGAGUCGGCAAACAAAAUGAAAGAUAGACAAUUAGAAGACAAAGAGAUCAGUGUAAAAUGUGAUGUUUGUAACAUCAAAGAUGAUGCAUCUUCAGUUGUGAAAGAAACGGUAUCGAAGGCGUUUUCAUUUCCGGAUAAGGUAGAGAUAGUUUCUCCCGAGGGAUUUAAAAUAAAAAUAUACCAACAUGAUCUAUUAGAAACUAAUGUUGACGCUAUCGUCAAUGCUGCAAACGACAAACUGUCACAUGGAGCGGGUGUAGCCGAGGCCAUUGCAAAAAGAGCAGGUCCAGAUAUGACAAGAGAAUGCAAAGAUUAUAUAAAGAAAAAUAAAUCAUUGACUGUAUCAAAAGCCUUUGCAUCUAGUUCCGGAAAGCUAAAGUUUAAGAAAAUUAUUCAUGUUGUCGGACCAGCUUGGUGGGAUUACAAGGAUAAAGUAAAGUGUUUGAACGAUUUGGCAAAAACAAUUACAAAUCUUUUGGAAAAAGCUAAAGAAUGUAGAGUCAGAACAGUUGCCAUGCCUACCAUAAGUUCAGGUAUUUUCAAAGUUCCACAAUCUCUGUGCGCAGCCAUGUAUUUAAAAGGUGCGUUUGAUUUCAGUAUGCACAAUACGUUUGGCUCUCUCCAAGAGUUACACAUUGUUGACCUAUCACCAGAUGUCCUGGUUGCAGUUCAUGAAACGUAUAACCAAUAUCUCACCAUGGACAGGGUCAUCGAUCCAUAUUGGUUAGUUUCAAGUCACGAAAAGCAGGAAUCAGACACAGAAAAAGAGAGAUUAACCGAUGCACAAAAUUCAAAUUCUUCGAAACCGACUGAAAAAAAACAAAACAUAGAAAAAAUAUCUAAUGCAAAAUCAGUCAAUGCGAACUCUGAGGGAAAUGUUAACCCCGACCAUUUCACAAAAGAUAUCAAAAACAUUCGUGUAUUUAUUUACACACAAGAUCUGGGAUCAUUAGAGGGCAUAGAUGUUGCAGUUUCUUGCGAGAAUCCCCAUUUCACUGGAAAGGGUGGGAUAGCAGCCACUCUUUUAUCCAAAGGAGGGACGACAUAUGCAAAUGAGCACACUAACCUCCGAAAAAACGCGCCUUAUCCACAAUUUACGACCAUUAUAUCACCAGGAUACAACACAAACUUUAAAACAAUCUGUCAUGCUAUUAUUGCUGCCUUUUCGAGAACGCGUCCAUUAUCUCAAGCAUGCAAGAUGCAAUACAAUAGUUGUAUAUACUCAAUCUUAAGAGAAAUAGAUGCACGUUCUGAACAAUUAGUACGGACCAAGAAAACAAAGGGAUUUUGUUCAAUCGUUUUGCCACUUCUUGGAGCAGGUACACUUCAGGACCAACAUUCCAUUCAGAAUCUUUGUACUCUGAUGCUGAAAGCGAUUGCGAAAUUUGCCAUACACUGUCCUAAACAAAUCACACAAAUCCACCUUGUCAACAUGCGAGAUGAGUUUACCCAAAUGCUUAUAACAAAUAUACGUCCGAUGGAUUCCAAGCACUCGUUGUUUAAAAGUGGUGAUGCAAAUACAAAACUAACAAAGUUUGAUUCCAGGCCUUUCAAAUAUAUCUACAAUUGGAGAGUACUGCCAAGGGAGCAGACGGUUAAAUUGAAGGAUAUAAUAAAACCAGUUGCUGAACACAACAAAGGUGUCUGCAUUAUAUGUCUUGAUGAAAUGACUAAGCCUGUUGCAUUUAUGAAAUGUCACCAUUGUUUUUGUGAGGAAUGCAUCUUCGAAUAUUUCACGAUGAAACCAGCUUGCCCUGUUUGCAAUACUGUAUAUGGGGAACUGUACGGCAGCCAACCUUUGAACGGAGAAGCUCAUAUUUUUAAAGAUAAAAGAUCUCUUCCAGGUUAUCCCAGAACAGAGACAUUUAUUAUCAACUACGUGUUUCCAAAUGGAUACCAAGAAGAGUGUCAUCCAAAUCCAGGUGAGCCGUUUACUGGGAUAGAGCGACAGGCAUACCUACCCGACAACAGUGAAGGCCAAGAAGUUCUCCACUUACUGGAACAAGCCUUUAAACAAAGGCUGGUGUUUACUAUUGGUGUAUCAAGGACCACAGGAAAAGAGGGUGUUGUAACUUGGAACGAUAUCCACCAUAAGACCAGACGUGAUGGGGGGCCAGAAAGAUUUGGAUAUCCAGAUGAGGACUACCUUUCUCGUGUAAAAGAAGAACUGAAAGCAAAAGGAAUCGUGAAUGCUUGAUUAAAAACCAUUGCCCUUUCUUAUUGCCAUAUUGAAAGGUCUUCCUAGCAAGAAACUGGGCAUAUUUUUUUAAAGAAUUUGUACCAAGCGGAUUUAAAACGUACUUGUUUUGAAAGUAGAUUCCGCUAAAUAGUUUAAUAAUCAACUUCGAACGUAUUUGUGAGUUGCAUGAGCAUUUAUUAUGUACUAAUCCAAACUAACGCAAAACGACUCAAAUGUUGGUUAAGAAGAAUAUAAGACUGUUCUGUUUGUAGGCCAAUUGAAGCUUGACGUCAUUCUUUAUUACACCUUUGUUCAAGCCUAUUUAAUUGUUUAGUUCAUUUAUCGGUUGUAACCUGUUUAUUUUGGAGGCAACUCCAUGUAACAACAUAUCUAAAUGCGUAAAAUAGAAUUCUGUUACUGAAUAUUCAGUUGUAGUGUAUGUACAUUAAACGUCGCCAUGAAGGAUAUUGUCAUUAUUUUAUUAUAGCAGUUUGUCAAUAAUUUUGCUACAUAAUGUUUGUGAUAUAUAUUUUAUUUCAAUGUGCUAUUUUGACGUACUAUAUAGUGGCCUGAAAAUUAGCUAAUAUUUUUUAUUGACAUUACUUAGUUUUUUCUCCAAUUAACAAAUGAUUUUUCUAAAGUGAAUAUAAACUUUAUAUGUAGGCUCAAUCAAAAUGAAAUACCUCCAUAUAUGAGGUGAUUUUAUUCAUGGAUUUUAAACGUGCAUGCAUAAUAUUUUACGCCGUUAGAAUGUAUAUGUGUAUAAAAUGUGAUUUUGCCACAAAACUUUUAAUACAAAUACAGUCGAUUGGGAUAUUCCGAAUCACUUUUCACAACUUGGUUGUACAAGAUGUAAAUAACAAUGUUAAAAUUUAGCUCUUUAUUAUCAACAAAAAGAAGAUUUGAUCAGAAAAUAGCUAGAUUUAUGUCAAAAUAUUUAACUUUAAAAUAGUGGCUUCGACAGGGGUGUAUUCAUGUCAUUUUUGGAUAUUCCGAAUCAAAAGCUAAACUGAUAAAAACAUUCCGACGACUUAAAUAAUACUGAAUACAAAUUAGUUUAUGGCAUAUCCUUACGAUCUAAAAAAUAAAGAAAUUUUCAAAUAAUUAGAUGCGUCUAGAACUACAUAUAUUUCAAAUAUAAGAACACUCCUUUGCGCAUGCUACCUGUAAAAACAAGUAUGAAACCAAAACAGACUAUUAAUAAUCCACCAACACAUACAGACUCCGAAUUUAAAAGACCUAAAAUUGGAAUACCAUUGCAUUUUACAAAAAAAAAAGAAAAAAUAUUCAAUAUUUAAUGUGUUCUAAGCUUAUAAUUGAGGUUAUUGUGUACACACGUGAUUUGAAAUAAACAAUGAUAUAGAUGGGGUUGAAAUUCAGCUACUUGGUUAAUGUUUUAAAGAUGUUGUGAAAUAUUUGUACGCUGCUUGAAAACUUAAAAUAUAUCUGAUUUAUCAAUAUACAGUUUGUCAUGUGUUAUCGAUUAUUAAGGUUUAAAAAUUAAUGAGAAUGAUUAAACAACAUUUUUAG